GACUAAUCAGAAACUUCCCCUCUUCUCAGCUCUCUCUCCUCUAUCUGGCGUUUUUUCAUAUCAAUCGGCUUCGUUUUUUUCUUGAAUUUUUAUAUUCUCUCAUCUAGGCUUCGAAUAUUCUUCGUUCGAUCUGAAUAUUCGCCCGCCUACGAGAUGGCUUCUCGAGCAACACCGUCGCGAUCGGGUCCGUCUGGGUCAUCUUCAGGUAGUAGCAGUAGUAGUAGUUCGAGUGUUAGCAGGACACGUGUGGGUAAGUACGAGCUUGGUACAACGUUGGGUGAAGGAACCUUCGCGAAAGUCAAGUUCGCUAGGAACGUAGUCAACGGAGAGAAUGUAGCCAUUAAAAUUAUUGAUAAAGAGAAAGUUAUGAGAAACAAAAUGAUCGCUCAGAUCAAACGUGAGAUCUCGACGAUGAAACUCAUCAAGCACCCCAAUGUGAUCCGUAUGCUUGAGGUGAUGGCCAGCAAAACUAAGAUCUAUUUUGUUUUGGAAUUCGUUACUGGUGGAGAGCUCUUCGACAAAAUUGCAAGCAAGGGGAGGUUGAAGGAAGAUGGGGCGAGGAACUACUUCCACCAGCUUAUUAACGCUGUUGACUAUUGCCAUAGCAGAGGAGUUUAUCAUAGAGACCUUAAGCCUGAGAAUUUGCUUUUGGAUGCAAAUGGGACUCUGAAAGUUUCUGAUUUUGGAUUGAGUGCUCUACCUCAGCAAGUCCGAGAGGAUGGUUUACUUCACACAACAUGUGGAACACCCAAUUAUGUUGCCCCAGAGGUAAUCAAUAACAAAGGUUACGAUGGAGCCAAAGCUGAUUUGUGGUCUUGUGGUGUGAUUCUCUUUGUCUUAAUGGCUGGAUAUUUGCCUUUCGAAGAUUCUAACUUGGCCUCAUUAUAUAAAAAGAUAUUCAAAGCCGAGUUUACCUGCCCUCACUGGUUCUCUGCAAGUGCCAAGAAGCUAAUCAAAAGAAUUCUGGAUCCGAAUCCAGCAACGAGGAUUACAUUUGCUGAAGUCAUUGAAAACGAGUGGUUUAAUAAAGGGUAUAAAGCACCCAAAUAUGAAAAUGCAAAUGUCAGCCUUGAUGAUGUUGAUGCAAUUUUUGAUGAAUCAGGGGAGUCCCAAAACCUUGUUGUGGAGAGGCGAGAAGAGGGACUUAGAACACCAGUAACUAUGAAUGCUUUUGAGCUCAUUUCAACAUCCAAGGGUCUCAAUCUCGGUUCACUUUUCGAAAAGCAAAUGGGGCUUGUUAAACGGAAAACUCAGUUUACUUCAAAAUGUCCGGCUAAUGAGAUAGUCACAAAAAUAGAGGCGGCAGCAGCACCUAUGGGAUUUGAUGUCAAGAAAAAUAACUACAAGAUAAAGCUUGUAGGAGAGAAAUCAGGCCGCAAGGGUCAAUUAGCAGUCACGACUGAGGUUUUUCAAGUUGCUCCAUCGCUAUAUAUGGUUGAAAUGAGGAAAUCAGGGGGUGACACCUUGGAAUUCCACAAGUUUUACAAGAACCUCACCACGGGUCUUAAGGACAUCGUUUGGAAAACAAUCGACGAAGAGAAAGAGGAAGGAACCCAAGUUUCAGGUGGUGCGGUGGUUGCUUCUUGAUAUCCGGCCAAAUUGUCUACGUAUGCUUCUAAUAUUAUUUAGAUAUUGUUCUGUAUAAAUUGCUUUGUGGGGAUUGUGAGUGUGGUUUUGAAGUUAUACAAAAGGAACCAUCAUGAAGUGGAGCAAAGGAGCAAAUUGGAAACUACAUUGGGGGAAUUUGUUAAAAAAAAAAGUGAUAAUAAUUGUUAAUCUUUGUUUGAUUCCACUGGAAUGUUGUGAAUAACGUGUAUAGCUUGAAUCUGAUAAACUGUAAAUUUAAAAGCUUUACGUAUUUGGAUGUUUUUAAGAAUUUA